UCUAAUGUUUUCAUCUUAUCUUAGUUUUGAGGCACAAGUUCUAUAGCCUCUGUUUUCUUCCUCUUCUCGUUCAUAAGCGUUACCAUUCAUUUCUUUUUCUUCUUGUCUUCAUUCUACCUUUCUUUCUCAGGAGCCAAAGUUAAUUACAUGGUUACGACUCACAAGUGAUUCUUUGCUGGGGCUUCUUCAAGCAAUUGCUGUCAGACUGAUAAAUAAAAAGACUAAUGGUGUAUUUUGUUCUUGAAAAAUUCCACUCUUUUUUUAAUUGACCACCGACCCUUGUGAUUGAUCCUUCAGUUGAACUGGGAGAAAGUUAUUUGGUGGCCUCUGUUAGCGUGUACUGCUCACAGAUUCUGUCAUGGUGAAUACUGAAGGUGGUGUCCUUUUAAGGCAUAGAAGGUUUGAGAGCUUGUUGAAUACAAGAUCUAGCCCAAGUGUGGAAGAAACUCCAAAAGUUGCAGUGAAAGACGGACUGGGAGAAACAACAAGGAAUGAUGAUGGGUGGGUUUCUGCAAUCAUAUCUUGGAUCAGAAUUGUUACAUGUUUUGUGUCUAUGAUGGUCACAACAUUCGUAUGGGCAAUUAUCAUGAUUAUGCUUAUACCAUGGCCCUAUGAGAGGAUCAGACAAGGAAACAUUUAUGGACAUGUGACUGGUAGAAUGCUGAUGUGGAUUCUUGGUAAUCCUGUAGAGAUUGAAGGUGCUGAGUACUCUAACGAGAGAGCCAUUUACAUCAGUAAUCAUGCGUCUCCAAUAGACAUAUUUCUUAUAAUGUGGUUAACUCCUACAGGCACUGUUGGCAUUGCUAAGAAAGAGAUAAUAUGGUAUCCUUUAUUUGGGCAACUUUAUGUUUUGGCUAACCAUCUUCGUAUAGAUCGAUCCAACCCAACUGCAGCUAUUGAGUCCAUGAAAGAGGCAGCUCGUGCAGUUUUGAAGAACAAUCUGUCCUUGAUCAUUUUCCCUGAGGGUACCAGGUCUAAGAAUGGACGACUACUUCCUUUCAAAAAGGGUUUUGUUCAUUUAGCACUGCAAUCGCGUCUUCCAAUAGUUCCAAUGGUUCUGACAGGUACUCAUCUAGCAUGGAGAAAAGGCAGUUUGCAUGUUAGACCAACACCUCUGACAGUGAAGUAUCUGCCACCUAUUAGUACUGAAAAUUGGAAGGUUGAUAAGAUUGAUGACUAUGUUACAAUGAUACACAACAUGUAUGCUGAACAUCUUCCUGUGACUCAGAGGCCUCUGCCUUGAAAAGAAUCAAUUUUAAGCUGAAGCAUAUCUUCCAAAAGGGAGCUCUUGUUAACUGCAAUAUGCAUAAAUUGGUUUUAACAAAUGAAAUACCUAAAUCCUUGCAAAAAGCUUAGCUACCAUGUCUAAUUGAUUGUCUUGUUCUUAACUGAUGAUAUAUGAAUAUCAUGAAUAUCAAUGUUUAACUUUUGAUCAUUUGGUGAAACUUCUAUAUUGUUCUACAUUUGUUCAAGAAUGCAAGCAUCACGCUAUGUAACA